CCUAAGCAGUCAAAUAAUAUUCCCCCAUUUUCUCUCAACAUCGACUCCCGUGUGUAUAUUAAUUAAUUAAUUAUUAAACUAUCAAAACCCCUUUUCUUUUAUUAUAAAAUCAAACCCCAAUUCGAAUCCCAAUCCCAAUCCCUUAAAACCCUCAAAUUACUCAAAUUCCAUGAUAUAAAUCAAGAAAAGCUUUGUGGGUUUUGUGAAAGUGGAGCCAUAUUGUAAAGGGUUUGUCUUGAAACUCGAUAAAGUUUCAAAAUUUUGAAUCUUCUUGUUGAAAUUCGGUGGGUGAAGCAAGUUAUGAAGAUUUUCUUUACAUGUUGAAAAUUCUGUUCAAAUUGAAUUAAAGAUUGAUUUUCUCAGAUGGGAUUUGUUUGAAUUUUUGUGGGGUUUAUGUAAGAUUUUGAUUGUGCAAUUGGAUACUAAUUUGGAGGGUUGAAGUUUGUUGGAUCAAGAAAGAUGUUGUGCAGGAUGAUUCAUAGGAAAAAGAAAACAGGGACUGUUCCUGUGUAUUUGAAUGUUUAUGAUCUUACACCAAUCAAUGGUUAUGCUUAUUGGGUUGGGCUUGGUGUUUAUCACUCUGGUGUGCAAGUUCAUGGUGUGGAAUACGCGUUUGGUGCACAUGAACAUUCGACAACCGGCAUUUUCGAAGUGGAGCCAAGAAAAUGCCCGGGAUUCACGUUUAGAAAAUCAAUAUUGAUAGGAAGAACAGAUUUUGGCUCGCGUGAAGUACGUUCGUUUAUUGAAACAUUAGCAACGGAGUACACUGGAAAUAGUUAUAAUCUCAUUACAAGAAAUUGUAAUCACUUCUGCAACGAUUUGUGUCUAAAGCUGACGAGUAGGCCGAUUCCUAGUUGGGUCAACCGACUGGCUCGACUUGGUUUUCUUUGCAAUUGUGUCCUUCCUGCUGGAUUAAACGAGACAAAAGUUCGACAAAUAAAAGCAGAAGACGGUUCCAACAACGAAAAGAAACUUAGAAGCCACUCGAGCCGGUUUUCACCAGCCUCCAAAACUCAACCCGCGUUGGCUUCUCGAUCUUCAAGUUCAUCAACGAGAAAAAAACAAAGCCCGUUACAAGUGUAAUGCAAGCUAGUCGAAUCCGUAUAGCAUUGACAGGUGGAAACUAUGAAAUGUUUUUGCUUUUUUUUUUUUUUUUUUUUUUUUUUUUUUGACUAAAGGCAUCACAAAUUUGUUAAAGUUGAGAUCUUACUCAAAAGAUUUGUGGGCAAGUGGUUAGUUACAAAAGGGGACAGAUUUUAUUUUAAUUUUUUUAAAGUUGGUGUGAUGCAUAUGCAACCCAUAAGUAAAGAAUGUGAAUCUAGUCAGAAUUCA